GAGGAUGAUUGUAUUAUGUCAAGUAUCUAUGCAGUGAUCGAGUUUGUUGGAGAGCAGUCGGUUGCAUUAGCAGCAGAGAGCUGGUUGGUGGACAAUGAGACAUCUGUAAUGUGGCCGCCUUAUAAGUCACAGACGAGAGUAGACAAGGCAGUGCAGAAACGUGAACCACCAACAGAUGGAUAUCAGAAGUUUCCAUGCCGUGUUUUGUACAAAACUAGCUCAUAUGAAAAAGGCUUGGCAAAAGUGAGGAAGGCAGAGGACAUUUCAGAUUUGGCCACAGAUGCUGAAUGUGCUGGUAUCCCUGUGAAGAGGAAGUCAAGGCCAAACCCACGUUACCAAGAUAGCGAUUCCUCUUCUGACGAGGAUAGACCAGGCCCAUCACACACCAUUCAGCGAGGCAAUCAACAAAAGCAACAUCCAGCUGCAACUUCUGCACCAAAGACGCCUCCUCGAGCACUGCCUUCUCCACCCUCAUCCUUGAUCAGUCAGUGGCCAGCUCCAGUUUGUACAGCAACAGAAAAGAAAAUAUUGACAAUGCUUGAAGAGGUCAAGAUGUUUCAAGCGGAGAACAGGGCAAUGCUCAUCAGCAUCUGUAGAAAGCUUGACAACUAUGUGCAGGGCAAUACAGCUUCAACCAGUGGUCUUCCAGAGGAGGUGGUUCUUCCUUUAAAGUUGGUGAAGGACAUGCGAGACCUUGAAACUACCCUAAACAACUUUGAGAAGGAGAAACAAUUGGUGGCAUACUUAUCCAACAUCGGGGGAGACAGUCUAAAGAGCAUCGUACGAAGAAUCCUUACAUGUGUCAUCAGCAACGACCUAGCACGACAGUAUAACUGGGUUGGCAAAGGAACAAAGGAAGCUUUUUGCAAGCUGAGGCUUGUCACUGUCAUCCACAGAGCUGUUCGAAGAAACCCAUCUGUGCAGUCGGCCACAAACGCCGAAAUUGACGAGGUGAUGAAAGUGUGGCUCCGCUACUCGAAAGACCGAGAUGGUGGCAGGGCAGCAAGACGAGCAGCAGCCGCAGCCGCAGCUGUAGCUGAGCCUGCAGCAAGCCAGAGUCCUUCCAAUCUUGAUGAACUAUCCACAGAGGAAUACAGCAGCAGUGACAGGGAAUGAAGGUUGUUCAAUAGUGUUUCAUAAAAAGAGGUAUUCUUGAUUUUAACAGUUAAUAUGACAAGACCUUUUCAAAAGCCUUUGGUAAAAAAAGCUGGUUUUUUUUUAGAUAACAUCUUAAAGCAUUGCUGUGUUAUUUCUCACUAGAUUCCAUAUGUUGAAAUUAUGAUACUUUUGCAAUGAACCCCAAAAAUUGUCAAAGUCUUGCUUUUCAAUCAGUUGUGUGAUGGCCAGUGUGGGUUGGUGCAUAAAGCCUGAUUUAUUUUUCAUUUGGCAUUUGAAACACUGGUAUUUAGUGAAUAACAGUAAAAAAAAAAAAAAAACCUCACGGUUUCAUCUGAAAGCUUUUGCUUCCGAUUGCCAAAGCCAAGUGAAAGUCAAGAACGUUAAGGUCUGCUGCAACCAACAAAGCCUUUAAAGUACAAUUACCAAUUUUUAAAAAGCCCUUUUUGUAUCUGUUCUUGUUGAAGUUAUUUUUAUGUAAAACUUUGCAUGAUGGGGGAAACUUUCUAAAACUAAAGUUUAUUGUGACACCAUUUACUAAUCUCUCUUGAAGCAGGUGGUAAAAAGUGAAGAAACAAACUCAUUGUGUAAUUAUUUACACCUGAGGCUUUUCAGAACUACCACAACCCACAGAAGAUUAAUAGUUGGUAUUACCACAAACCCUAGUUUUAGAAUGCCGAAACCAUGAAGCUUCUUUUUAAUAAUUAGCAAAAUAAUGAUUACAGCAAAGUUUCAAAGACUUGCACUGCGAGGACAGUGAUUGCUCAGAUUGAAGUUCAAUUGUUGAGUUGACAUAAGUUUGUUUUUUAUAUUAAAUUAGUGGCAAUUUUGCCAUUUACUUGCCGUUUACUUUUGAAAGUGUUAAAAGAAAAAGUGUUAAUAUUUUUAAAAAUUGUUGCAAAGAAAUAUAGCUGCUAUGCUUUGAACAAUCACAUGUACAACACUUUGAAAGUAGUUUUUAAUGUGUUAAAACUCAUUUUUUUUUUCUAUAAACCAAUUCACCAAAAAAAUGCAGAUAGACAAGCUAAAAUUGCAUUGGUGUCCUUGCUAUACAAAAAUAAGUUAACCUUUGACUGCCUUCCAAAUACCCUGUAAUUGUAAUAUGAUUAUUUUGUAAAUUAUGUUAUUUUUUCAUAAAAAUGUAAACGAAUCAGUUAAGAAUUAAAGUGCAAUCGGUUUAAAGUCUAAUAUGCUA